AUGCCGAAGGGGCGGCGCGGUAGCCAGAGCCCCAAGAUGAGCCAGCGGACGGCCCCACCCCUCUACUUCCCGUCGCUGUACGACCGCGGCAUCCCCUCCUCCCCGCUCAGCGACUUCAACAUCUGGAAGAAGCUUUUCGUGCCGCUGAAGGCAGGCGGGACGCCGGCUAGUGGGGCGGCGGGGGGCCGGCCUUUGCCGCAGGCGCCCCCAGCCCAGGCACUCCUGCCGCCGCCGCCGGGCCUGGGUCCCCCCAGCGAGCGCCCCUGUCCCCCUCCCUGGCCCUCUGGCCUGGCCUCCAUACCCUACGAGCCUCUGCGCUUCUUCUACUCGCCACCGACGGGGACGGAGGCAGCCGCCUCGCCCUUGGCAGCUGGUGCCUCAAUCCCCCGGCUUGCCUCCGCCUCCCACCCCGAGGAGCUGUGCGAGCUGGAGAUCCGCAUCAAGGAGCUGGAGCUGCUCACCAUCACUGGGGAUGGCUUCGACUCUCAGCACUAUAAAUUUUUGAAGGCGCUAAAAGAUGAAAAGUUACAAGGACUGAAGACCAGGCAGCCUGGAAAGAUGUCGGCCUCUCUCUCUUGA